AUGCCCAUCGCUGACUUGAUAGAACUUCGUAAGCUCAGGAAAGCGCGAGGCGGUAUCGACGUUGCGAAGUUGAACAAGGGUGAUGUUAAGAAGAAGAGGAAACGGACGAAAGAGGAGGAAGGAGAUCAAGGUGGGCUGAGAAAAGGAGCUGCUGUGGAGGAAGAAGAGGAUGAAGAGGAGAAAGAAGCAAGGGCCCGAAGAGUUGUGCGGGCUAACAACUUUACCCAGCAAACGAACACGCUUGACGUCGACAAACAUAUGAUGGCAUAUAUCGAAGAAAACCUCAAGAUCCGAAGCAAACCUCGUGAAGACUCUGACGACGAGGACAAACCUCAUGACCCUCAAGAAGCCCUAUAUAAGAUUGCAGAACAUUGGAAGGUUGGAAAGCCACAGCCAAAGACUGACGAGGGCAGUGUAACAAACAGUAUGACGAUGCUAACCGCAAUCCCUGAAGUAGACCUUGGUAUGGAUACGCGUCUGAAAAACAUUGAAGACACAGAAAAGGCAAAACGAGUUGUUGCUGAAGAAAGGCAUGAUCGAAAGAAACCUAAUAACGACGAGGAACACUUGGUUGCUUCACGAUUCUAUCGACCGAACAUGAGGGCCAAGUCUGAUGCAGACAUCCUGCGCGACGCUAAGCUAGAAGCCAUGGGAAUGCCUCCGCAAGAUGACUCGCCUCAAAGGUCCAACCAGGAGAGGACGCAAAUGGCAACAGAUGAAAUUGUAAUGGAACGUUUUAAAAAGCGUAUGCGCAAGUAA